AUUGAUAUCUUUUUAGAUGGGACUUCGAUUAUUAGUUAGUUAUUAUGUCUGUGAUCCGUGCAUUUGCUUUAAUAAUUCGAACGUGCACCAUUUAGCGACCGGAUAAACUUUAAUUCUGAUGAAAUGAUCAUAGCUGUUAAUCUCGUAAAGUGGGGCCUUCUAGUUGAACGUUUACCAGUGGCAUCGUCGCUGCUAUAGGGAAGAAUGACUGAACAAAGAGAGGUUUAUCCAAGAUGCUGUUUCAAUAACCAUGGAAGAGGUAGACGCCAUAUUGUUUGGGUGCUCAUUUCGGUUGUUCCUCUGUUGCUAUUGUAUUUUACAUUUUACAAGUAUCAUGUUGGCGUUCUGAAGAGCGAUUUCCUUAUACAGCUAAAAGUAAACAAAAAUCUAGCGAACCAAAGCGUUCGGAGUGAACAGAUUGUGCGAAACAAAGGCGUUUCAUCAAAAUCUAUAAAGGGAUCGAAAGGCAAUGGGCAAGAUUCAGAGAUACAUUAUGAGACAAGUACAAAGAACUUGAUUCCACUGAAUAAACUCUUAGCAGAUAAAAUCGACCAUAAAACAGACAAAUGGCAGAAGGUUAGUUUGAACUCCAGCGUUAAAGGUAUACCAAAUGAGUACAACAAGGCAUUUAAUGUCACAUUGAAUGAGAACAGAAACAUCGCCAAUAAGAAUGGUUCAAAAUAUCCUGAAUCGAGCGGAAACAAUCGAAAGCAGCCAGCGCCUAUAAAACUGGUAGCCAGGAAGUUCCCAAGAAAUAUUGAACAUGUUGACCUUAUGAAAAUGGAGCCGUUUACAUUCCUCGAAGAAUAUAGAAAUCCAUGCUACGCUGUUGAGCAAACCGAAGACCGGAAACUGCCUUUACAGUGUAUACCAUACUUUUAUCUUAUUGGUGCCCCGAAGUCCGGCACUACGGACUUGUUUAGGAGGAUUACCAAACACCGGGAAAUCUCAGAGAAUGUUGUAAAAGAACCACACUGGCUAACGAGAAAGAGAUUCUCUUCAAAUCCUUAUUGGGCUUCUUAUGAGGAAUACUUCCGAGCUGCAACAAGACAAAUUAACGCAAAGAAAGACCCCGACGGUUUCCAUCCAGUUAUUGUUGGCGACUGCAGUGCCUCCACCCUGUGGGACAACGAUUAUUGGACCUUUCUGCCAGAAUACAAGAAUCUCACUGAACCUUUAUAUACCAAUGCCGAUUAUAUUCACCAUUUUAAUCCUGAUGCCAAAAUUAUUGCGAUUUUGAGAAAUCCUAUUGACAGAUUGUAUUCCGAUUAUUUAUAUUUCACGGCAGGCAAGGACAAAGGUCCAGAAAGAUUUCAUGAAGGAGUGAAGUUUGUCUUAAACACGACCAGAUCUUGUCUAGAACGGGAUACUUUACGGCAUUGCCUAUACAAGCCGCCUGCUACCGUUACUGAUUUUGAGGUCCGGUUGCGUAUUGGUGUUUACCAUCUGCAUUUAAAAGAGUAUUUUCGCGUUUUUCCAAAACAACAGAUCCUUGUUAUAAAAACGGAGGACUACUCCAAGCAUACACCGGAACAUUUGGAUCAAAUAUUCGACUUUUUAAACGUUGCUCGUCUUCCUAUUGAAGAUCUGCAGGAAAUCUCAAAUGAAACCAAAAAGAACACUCGGAAAAAAGGUGAUAUCAAGAUUGGAGACAUGUUUCCCGAAACGAGAAAACUAUUGCGGGAAUUUCACAAAAGCCACAAUAACAAACUCGUGCGGCUGCUGGGCCAACACUUUAAUUACAAUAAAGAUGAACAAGAUUUGGUCACGUAGAAUGGUUAAAAACACGCGCUUAUUGUGUAUUAACGUGUUUUACAUUGUUAGUUAUUUUAAAGGAUUGGUUUAUUUUAUUAUCAUAAUAUAUUCAACAUAAGUUGUUGUUUUUUACUUGUGUAGGCCAAUGACAAUUGAGGACUUUUUCGGAGUUGUAUUGUUUAUGUUUUUUUCGUAGAUCGAUUCUGACAAAAUGCAUAAACUAUAGAUUCUUGCUAGUGCUAGUAACGAAAGGUACAUAUACUUGGUGUUUGAAUUUUUGUGUAGGUUAAUGGCAAUUAAGGAUUCAUACCUGCUACGUAGAUCGAUUCACAAAACUACACCAACAGCCAAAUUUUGACAGAACAUAGAGUUCUUUGGCGCCAAACCUUAACUCAAACCUUGUUUCCAUAAGAAAAAUAUUUUAACUUUCAGGCGUUUUGGCGACUAAAACAUCACUAUAUAUAAGUUUAUUAAGUAAUUUAUUAUUAUUUAAUAUUAUUUAAAACCAUUCACUGCAUAUACGAGCCUUCUGUUCGAUGGCAUUUUGGUAAUCCUUAUAGUGUUCAAUUAAACAAUGACAGAGGCUAAGCAAGUUUUAAGCAGAUUUUGCUCACGGAAUUUAAGACUUCAUGCAAAAAAUGUGAAUCCGUAUCUAAUCAAAUCACCACAUUCAGGACAAGGG